ACGUAACGGAGGAAGUAUUAAUUUUGUAUUAAGUGAACGACACGAAUACCAUUUUUCUCUUUAUACACGUUCCUUGCAGCCAUUUUCCAUGCGUGUCGCUGCCGCUGAAAAGAAACAGUCCCACAGUUUUGCGGGACAUCGAUUCUUACUUUCUUUGACACAAAAUACUUCUAUUCACAGUUUUGUGUUCGAUGCGAUGCAUGACGCAGCCAUGACAGCCCGUGUCCCCCAUGGCGGCGACCUCCUCCACCACCGCAGCCACGCUCACGCCGCUGCUAAUCCGCCUCCUGCGCGGCGCCUCCGACCUCGCCUCCGUCGCCGCCACCCACGCCAAGCUCCUCAAGUCCGGGGCCGCAUCCGCCGUCUCCUCCUCCAACCACAUCAUCGCCGCCUACUGCCGAUGCGGCGCAACCGCCUGCGCGCGCGACCUGUUCGACGGGAUGCCCGACCGGGACGUCGUCUCCUGGACGGCGCUCAUGUCCGGGUACUCCGCCGCCGGCCGGCCCCGCGCGGCCCUCUCGCUCCUCCGCGCCAUGUCUCGCACUCGCGGUGGCGUGCCGCCCAACGCCUUCACCUUCUCCACGGCCGUCAGCGCCUGCGCGCGCCUCGCCGACGCCGGGCUCGGGCGGCAGGUGCAUGCCCGCGCUGAGGUUGAGGGGUACGCGCGCGACGAAUUCGUUGCCACCGCGCUCGUCGACAUGUAUGGCAAGGCCGGCUGUGCCGAGGGCGCACGCGCAGUGUUCGACGAUAUGGCUGACCCGGCGAGGAAUGCGGUGUCCUGGGGCUCGAUGCUGUCUGUCUACGCGCAGAAUGCGCUUGGGCAUGAGGCCGUCCAGCUGUUUGCCGAGUUCAGGACGAGAAGCGACGGUAUGUCGCCCAACCACUUCAUGCUGUCGAGCGUUGUGAAUGCGUGCGCCGGUGUUGGGCGGCUUGGAGUUGGCAAGUGCGUGCACGGAACUGUCUUCCGGUUUGGGCACGAAUGCAAUGGCGUGAUUGCUGUGGCCUUGGUUGACAUGUACUCAAAGUGUGGGUUCUACGAGUACUCAAGAAAGGUGUUCGACAGGAUCGAGCAGCCAUCAGUCAUCUGCUAUACCUCCAUCAUCGUGGCAGCAGCAAAGUAUGGUCUUGGGAGAUCCGCACUCGCUUUGUUCAGUGAGAUGAUCGAUCGAGGUGUGCAGCCAAACAGUGUUACAGUACUUGGCGUCAUGAACGCUUGCAGCCAUUCAGGCCUUGUUGACACUGGUCUCCAUCUUCUCCACUCUAUGCAGAGCAAAUAUGGAAUUGGUCCAUGCGCGAGCCACUAUACAUGUGCGGUUGACAUGCUCGGCCGAGCAGGACGCCUGGACGAGGCAUUUGAGCUUGCCAAUGAAGCGCAGGUUGAAGGCCGCGACGCCCUCAUGCUGUGGAGCUCAUUGCUGUCAGCUUGCCGGAUACAUAGGCGCUUAGAUCUAGCCACCAGGGCCGGCCAAAGGGUGUCAGAGUUCAACCAAGAUGUAGCAGGUGCACUGGUAGUGAUGUCAAACGCAUACACUUCAGCCGGCCAGACCGAUAACGCUGCUGCUGUGUGGUCAAACAUGAGGCAACGAGGCAUACGGAAAGAACCCGGGUGCAGCUGGAUUGAGAUAAAGGACAUCCCCUACGUGUUCUACGCUGGGUUGGUAUCACCUGCUGGUGCAAGGGCAGGUGAAGUGAUGAUGUUGCUUGACGAGUUAGAGGCUAAGAUGCGGGAGAAGGGUUACAAGGGGAAACUCGGUAGUACUAGAGUCUUUGAUGCUCAUGAAGAGGAUGGAGAAGAAGGGAAAGGCGUGAUGGUAGGAGUGCAUAGUGAGAUUUUGGCAUUAGGGUUUGGUUUGCUGGUUAUCCCCAAGGGGAUGACCAUCAGGGUGAUGAAGAACCUGAGGAUGUGCUGCGACUGCCAUGACGCAUUCAAGCUUAUCAGCGGCAUUGUGGAGAGCGAGUUUGUGGUGAGGGAUCUGAAUCGAUUCCACCACUUCAAGAUGGGGUCAUGUUCUUGUAAUGACUACUGGUGAUUCAGGACUGAAAUCAAAGUGGCUGUCAAUUUUUGUGGUAGAGAAGGAGAACAGCAUCGGCAGAAUCUCUUCUUGUAGAUAGAGAGAUACUCAGAUGACUCUGUUUUCAUGCACCAUACUGCAUCAGAGCAUUGAUCAUCAUUUGACCUUGAAUUUUUGUUUUAUGUUGGGUCUGAUCUUUCUUGAGAAGAGUUUUAGAAUUGGUGUCUAUACCUGUUUAGUUUUUUGGAAUUAUUGUUGAGGUAUCCUCCUGCAUGUUCUUCCAUGGAUAGAGAAUUAUACGUCUCCGGCUAUCUUACUUCA